UUCGGGCCAGUAAAGCGCUAGCUACCGGUGAGAACGCGUGGUCGUCGCGAUUUCUCUUAUAGUUUUCCGCGCGCUUUCAUCGUCUUUACAAUAAAGUUGAUACUUAAAGAAAUAAACCUGUAUUAAAAAUCAUUUUUAAAAAUAUAUUGAAAUAAAAUAACAUUUAAUCAGCAGUGAAAAAAAAAACGUCGAUUAUGCUGAAAACGAAUAACAAUUGACUGGUACUGAAAAAGUUAAGAGAUUAAGUUGGUGUAAAAAAAAAUUAGCAUGAUGAUGGCCAGUGCGAAGUUGGUCCGGGAGUGCAGCUCGGACCUGAGCUCCGACGUGCGCUCGCUGUCCAUGUCGUCCACGGAGGAGCACGACUCCACCACCACAGAGUCUGAGUUUUCUGAGGAGGAGAAGGAGUAUGAGCUGGAUGACCUACAAAUCCUUAAAACCAUUGGCACGGGUACAUUUGGACGGGUCUGCUUAUGUCGCGACAAGGCCGCGGACGAGUACUUGGCUAUGAAAAUCCUGUCCAUGGCAGACGUCAUUCGCUUGAAGCAAGUGGACCAUGUCAUGAACGAGAAGAACAUCCUCGCGGAGAUCAACCACCCAUUCAUAGUAAAUUUACGGUGGUGGACGCACGAUGACUCGUGUAUUUACAUGCUGUUCGACUACGUGUCUGGUGGAGAGCUGUUCACAUAUCUGAGGAGUGCAGGACGCUUUAGCAAUACUACUGGUAAUUUUUAUGCCGCGGAGAUAGUAUCGGCUUUGGAGUAUCUUCACGCGCGGAACAUCGUGUACCGCGAUCUGAAGCCCGAGAACCUGCUGCUGGCGAAGGAUGGGCAUUUGAAGAUCACGGACUUCGGGUUCGCGAAAAAGCUCACGGACCGGACGUGGACGCUCUGCGGCACUCCGGAAUAUUUGGCGCCGGAAAUCAUACAGAGUAAAGGACAUAAUAAGGCUGUGGAUUGGUGGGCGUUAGGUGUACUCAUUUACGAGAUGCUUGUUGGUUACCCGCCGUUCUACGAUGAGAACCCCUUCGGUAUCUACGAGAAAAUCCUCAACGGACGGGUGGAGUGGCCGCGGCACCUCGACCCUGUUGCGAAGGAUAUUAUAAAGAAACUACUCGUACAAGACAGAACUAAGAGACUUGGAAAUAUGAAGUGCGGUUCAGAAGACGUAAAAAGACACAGAUGGUUCAAGAAUAUCGAUUGGGCCGAUGUGUUCAUGAAGAAAAUGCAGCCUCCCAUCAUGCCGACGGUGUCGUACGAGGGCGACACGUCCAACUUCGAUGAAUACACCGAGACGGACUGGAAGGCGGCGCGCGCGCUUGACCCCGACGAACUUAAACUCUUCGCGAACUUCUGAUCUCCUGCGCAUAAGCAAUCCAAUGGAAACUGUUAGAAUCCUUGUAGUUUUGGCUACCAUACAUAGGUAUAUUAACCCGAUAGUUCCAAACGGAAAUUGUAGAUUUUCGUUUCCUAAUAGGUUUUAUUAUAACUGUAGGUAGGUAUGUACUUAAUUUAAGAGCUAAAACAAGUAUUUACUGUUGUAACAUUUUAAGUCAUAUAAUGGCAGGUAUGAUAUUUAUUUAUAAAUCUGACAAAAAUAUUUCGUAGCCGUUAAUUCAUUAUUUAGAAAAAUAACUGUAAAGAACUACGGAUGCAAUACCUAAAUAUUAUAAUUUCAUAACAAAGUAGAUUGUAUAACCUUAUUUUGUGGUUCGUAUGAUUUUUUUGGCAAAAUAUGAAACGAACCACACUUACUUUAUGGUGACUCAGUAUUGGUGUAAAGUAUCUUAAUUUAUGAUAUUGUAACUGAUGAAAAAGAAGCUAAUAAUUGACAAGAAAUAAUAUGCAUUUAUACAUUGUUAAACUACAAAUUGAAUAGCCGUUUUCAAAUUGUAUUUGUUCAUACUUAUAUUUUGUAUAUUUAAGUAGGUAGUGUAUGUAUACUGACGCACUGAUAAACAUUUUGGACGUACAUAUUUAUAUCCACGACCAAUUUGCUAAUUUGUUUUCUUUUGCUAAGCGUAAGGUGGGUUAGACGAACGUAGUUUAUUUUGCUCGAGGCAAGACAAACAGUAUGAGGAUUCCAUACAAUUGUUUGUCUUACCCCGGUGAUAGUCUUAACCCACCUUACCUUAUUUAGCAUGUAAAUAGCAAAGACUUGCAUGCUUUUUAAUAUUUGUGUAUGAAUGUGUAGAUAUAUGAAACUAGUACCUAGUGAAACUAAUGCAGAGCUGCGAAAGUAAUUGAUUGUUAACCUGUUUCUAUUGUGGAUCAAUUUAGUAACAGGGUUCAACAUUUUAGUGAAAACUCACUUAAAAUUAUUCCAAUGCUUGUUUAUUCAAAGAGUAGUUUAAGGUAUAUAUCUGUUAGUAAAAUCAGCUUCGCUAAGAUGCGAUGUCCAGUGUUUGUGAUUUAAGUUUAAAAUAGACCUUAAAAUAUGUUAAGUUUAAGCUGUAUAAUAUAUUAAGUAUUUAUUUCAAUCUUAUUCUUUGAGUAACCACCAUUGCACCUUUUUUUGUGAUAUAACUAAUAUAAUUUAAAGAUCCUGCGUUUAGGCAAUUGAAUUUUUUAUGUCAAACAUUAUUUAUGAAUUUAAAGAUUCAAUACUUAAUAUUACUUUACUCGUCGUCCUAACUAAAGCGACUACGCGAUGAUGAUGCGUGAUGAUGCAAGCAACGCGCCAUUUGAUUUAGUCUCAAAUGAUCGUAUUAACUAAUCUGCAAGGUUUGUUCAAAGCACGCGUUUUUGAUAAUAAUAUAAUUAAAAUAAUAUAGCUCUAUGUAAAAACGAAUAAUAUCACUAUAUGUUUCCUUUGUCACUUUAAUGAUUAGAUCACAAAAUAUCACUAUUAAAAAGGUGUUAGAGUCAAAUCAAAAUAUGUUGCAAGCGGUGCAAGAAAACGUCAUAAUUGUCGUCUUUCCUAAAUAAUGUAUGUAUGAAAUACUAAAUGCUGGGUUCACAUUAUACAAUUGGACGACAUGGAUACAUAUUAUAUAUAUUACACUUUUAUUUAUAUCACGAGAAUGGAAAGAUGAGUCGACCAUUUUUAAUCCAUUCUACUAAUUUAUGUGUAUACAGAUACGAUGAGGUCUGGCCUCUCUCGUGUGGCUGUGCCACUCACAUACAUGAUCUUCAUUGGUGCCUUUCCAUCUCUUUACCCUUUGUGUGGCUGCUAAGCCACACAUUUCACUACAAGAGGAAAUCUCACGAUAAUUAAUGGCUAUGCACCUCCAGUUGGGCAACGGUCGACUUGCUCCGGUCUAAACAGGGGUACAUCCCUGGUGACUCUUAUCAUAUUUCAUACAUUAGUCACUUAGCCGGACAGGGGGGCUAUGCCCCCCCGGAGACCUCCACCUUCCCCAUAGUCUCGCCUCGGUUGCUCCAACUUAGUCGACCGUGCCCGUGUGUUCCCGGACACACCUCUAAUACAUGGGAGCCCGGGGCUUCCCAGUCCAAUGUCCUCGACUACCAAGUGUGCUGUGCACUGCAAGAUUGGACUAUUACUCACGGAAAGAACGAUAUGCUAUAACCGUCUCCUCAUCUUUCCACCUUAUGAUGCAUGUUUAGGUCGACACAAUAAUAUGGCAAAGCAAACACUCACCUGAGGUGUUCUCUAUGGGGUACAAGCCUCCUAGAAGCUCGUAGCUCCUAACUUAUCUUACGACCACGAAAUCUGCUCAUCUCUCUCCUCGUUUCCGCGGCACAACCAUUUCGCCAUCUUUCUACCCACAUACCAACAAGCGGAAGUUAGUCAAAGCAAGAGUGGUGUUACCACAGCUCAAAAUAUAGAUUGACAUUACUGAUGUUGAUACAUACCGACUUUUACAUGGCGAAUCGCGCUGUGCGCGACAAUAAUUUCAUAGAAGUUUGACGUUUAAAAUAACACGUUCACCGUCUGGGAUAUCAAAAUCGCUGCCAACUUAUCUUGGUCUGAGUCUAUGCAUUGAUUCAUAAUGAAUCCUCUAAAUCAUAUAUUACCGGGAAUAUAACCUUAAAAUUAUUCGGUUAAUGUCCCGAGAACUCUGUACAAGUGAGCUCUGUACAUAUCACAGGAUAUUUUUGGCGGCUGUCGCUGUUACAGUCAAUAUGUUAGUAGACAUUUUAGUUACGGCAAUGCGCGAGGUUACCUUAUCGAAGCGAUGUACUGUUUACGCACUUCAUGACUUCCUCAGAUGUACCCACGUAGCUCUAGAGUCCUUCUAAGUGCGUUAAUCGCAUUUCCUCAGAUGUACCCAUGUGGCUCUAGAGUCCUUCUAAGUGCGUUAAUUACACUUCCUCAGAUGUACCCACGUGGUUCUACAGUCCUUCGAAGUGCGUUAAUUGCCCUUCCUCAGAUGUACCCACGUGGCUCUAGAGUCGUUCUAAGUGCGUUAAUUGUACUUCCUCAGAUGUACCCAAGUGGUUCUACAGUCCUUCUGAGUGCGUUAAUCGCACAUCCUCUAGUGUCCUUCUAAACUAACUUUGCGUCGUGAAUAGAACAACGUUAGGAGAAUAAACGUCAUAAUUUCAGAGAAAUUGAUAUCAAUCAUGACAUGGUCACAAUUUGUCAUUGCAUUGCCAUGCAGAGUUAUCUUGGGUCGACUCUAGCAUGGUGGGAUAUUUAAAGAAGGGAACGAUAAAAAAACAUUAUUUAAUUGCAUAAAUGAGUAACUAUAGAUUUACUUUUCAUGUUCUUUUGUCGUUUUGUUAUCGUGUAGAUUUUUAUCGGUAACUGGUUAAAGUUAGCUAAAUGAAGAAUACUUAUUCAAUGAAAAAAAUAAUAUGUCUAUUUUGAUAACUGUUUUAAAUUACAUACUUUUUUAUACGAAUUGCCUAGGUAGUUAGGUACAGGUUACGGUUUAAAAAUUGGAUUUUUUAUGCUAAUUAUGGUUCCUUAUCCAAAAUAACUGUUUGUAGAUUAUUAAAAACGAGGUACCUAGCAAGAUUAUAGGUAUGUCGAAGAGUCUUCUUGCCGUUAUUUUUCCGGAUUGCGGCGUAAUUAGGCCAUAUAAUAUUCUCUGUGAUUUCAUUUAGUCGUUAAGUAUAAGAUAAUUAAUGUUAUUACUAACUUAUUUCAGUCAAUGAUCACAGAGGCGUAAUGUCAUUGAAACUUGCCUACUUUGUAACCGUCAAUAGUUUACUAAGAAACAACAGGGUUGUAAAAUAUAAAAUAAAUGUACAUUUACCAAAAUAAA